CUUGUAGAAUGUACGAGAACAGAGUGAGGAGACAGCUCGGGGUGGAGGCGGCUGGAGAAAUCUCAGAGUUCAGUGAAGAAACGGCGUUAAAAUGGUCUACAGUCAGGCUUUGGUGUUUGGUUACGGCUUGUCCGCUGGUUGUGAAGAGGAUAACCUAGCCGAGAUGUGGAGAAAGGUGCUGCAGCACUUCAGAGCCUCUAAAGAAACCGCUGGACGCCUCAAGAAAGCGACUAGCUCCUCAAGUCUGGAGUCCGAGUGCAGCCUGGAGGAUGAUGACCUGGAAGCGAGUAUCCAGCUGCAGCAGCAGGAUUUGGCUGUCCGGAUUGAAAAGUGUCUUGUGAUGGCGAAAGCGUCGAGUCUGCAGUGCAGCGAGCUGCUGGUGCCGGCCCGCAUGAGCUCGCGUGUAGCCAGAGAUGUUCUCCGUGCUUCAGAGCACGAGCCGUGCGGUUUGAGAGGAGCUCUCAUUCAGCUCUUCACCGAGACCCAGGCAGGUUUACAGAAAGCAGGCACAGUGACGCUGGAGAACAGCCUUACGCCCACCUUCGAGCUGUCGGUGGUGUUCAGAGCCGAUCCGCAGCGCUGGCCACCGUUAAAGCACCUGCUCGGGUCCGAGAGAGUCCUGCGGCUCCGGCCAGAGUAUCGCCUCAUCAAAAGGAAGCUGUACUCGUCCGCCAGCCCUACAGUGAUCGAGUUUUAAGUACGGCAGUGGUGUGUAGUCGAGGGGGAGCAGGACCUGUAUCACUGUGUUCAAGAAAACUGUUACAAGCCAUUUUGCACAUUCCACUCGUUUGCUGUUGUUAAAUAUAUUUAUUACCUUUCCUACUGAAGAUACAUGAAUGUUACUGCUGAAUCAUUUUUUGCAACCUUUUGCACACUACUACACUGUUUACAGCAGGUGUGAAUGAAGUUAUGAAUGUUAUUUCCAUUUAAAAAUGUCUUCUGUUUGAGGUGUGUGAACACUUACAGGUGCACUGUGCGUGUGUGUGUGUGGGGGGCUAUAUCUCCCUGGACAUAUUAGUAAUUUCAGACAGACAGGUUUAUCUUUGUGUAACUAUUUGGGGAAAUGUGUAAUUUGUGCAAGGUUCUUUUUCUUCCCUCCUUACAUUAUUUUUAUGUUCCCAGAUGUUAAAGGAGCCAAGCUGGCUUUGUCUCCGAGUAGCAAGGUGGUUUUUUUUGGUACAUUUAUCCUUAUUCCCUCAAGACUAAAGGAAAAUAAAAAUCUUUGCACUGUA